GACGGCGAAAGCCUGCUGCGCUGCGCGGUUCACUCAUCGAAAAGAUCACACAAAGAUCACACGAAGACCACGCGAAGAUGAAGAAGAAAGAGCCGACUCAGAAGUAUGUCAAGAAGCAUGACAAGAAGGACCGUGCCUCAGAGGUGAUCACAGAAAGAGAGAACACUGAGUGCCAUCAGCCCGGCAGAGCCACUUCCGUAUUGCCUGCUGACUGUGUGUCUGUUGACGCAUCAGGCGGCUGCCGAGCCGAGCCAGCCGACGAGGAAGGAGAUCGACGAGAAUCAGCGGCGCAUCCUGGAGGACAGGAGGCGGCAGGUCGAGCACAGGCUUCUGCACCAGUUCGAUGCCUCACAAGACGACCAACAGGAGUCAAGACCCAUAGAGGUCGGACGGCACCUUGAGCACCCAAAUGCAUGUGCUGACUGAUAUCAGCGCCUGCGUGUUCCUCCGGCCUUUUGUCUGCAGGAGUCGACUUUCCUGGCGCCCGACAGCUCAGCCGUGGAUGGCUCGGGGGUGCGGUCGGUGCCGAAGCUGGCCAAGUACUGGAGCUCGGCGAGUGCCGACGGAGGCGGGCUGGUCCUCCGCUCCCACUGGCGGGUCUUCCUGCCGCACGACAAUGUCAAUGCGGGGCGCAUGAUGGCCACCACCGACGGCACCCUGUCGCUCGAUGACAAGAUCAAAUACCACGGUAAGUGGCAACAGGCAGAAUCGUCCUCGUCAACACACGUGUUUGUGUGCGUUCUUUCAGAGUCGACUGACCUGUCUUUGGCGACUCUGCUUCGGUGCCGCUUCCACGUUUUCUGGAGCGAGGUGGUUUACAGCGGGACCAGCAAGGACAGCAAGGCGGGGGCGGGGGGCGCGUGCAGCCUGCCCACCUUCCUCGACUCGUAUCUGUGUCACGUGACCAAGCCGUGGGAGCUGGACUGUGUGGACCUCACCAAGGGCACACUCACCACCCUACGCGACGAGGAGGCGGAGGCACUGCGGGCGGCCAUCGCCAAGUGAGCAGCCCAGCCGGCAGAGGGGAGAGAGAGACGCUGUGUAUCCAUCUGUGUGUGCCGAACUACAGGAAGGUGUUUCUCGUCUUCAUCCGGCUGGUAUCGAUAAAGGAGUCCGAUUCUGAGGUGGGCAGGGAGACCAAGGGGGCGGGUUGCUGGGUGUUGUCGGGGUACCUGUGCUGUGUUGUGUUGUGUCAUGUGUGUGUCAGUAUCUGUCGGCUAGGAAGCACCAGGACAUCCUGUGUGACCAGAAGCUUCUGACCGCCUCGCAGCUCCUGGACAUUGCCGCCCUCUACGGCCCGGCAAACGAGUGAGCAUACGGCAAACACACGCACUCAUUUGGAAGCAGAGAGAGAUGUCAAUGCGUGUCUGCGGGGAUGUAUGGAUGUGUUAUUGCAUCAGGGAGAGGGUCAAGGGGUUCAUUUGUGAGGUGUUCGAUGCGCUUCCGCGGCGACAGGACGAGCUGCUCGAGUACAUACCCACACUCCUGCACGUGAGCAACCGGACGGACCUUCACACUCAUGCCAUUGGCGCUUGCUCACCUUCUGCUGAUUCACUGUCAGAGCUUCAACACCGGCUACGAGCGGCUGGCGAUCCUCCUCAAGCAGACGGGCAGCCUCUCACUGUCAACAUUGUCAGCCAAGAAAGACGGCAGCGACGACCCCGACGACUUUGGCAAAGAAUUCAGCACCAAGUGGCUGGCCAACACCCUCGACACUCUCUCCUUCCUCAUCGACGGCGCCGUCACUAUCGGCGGCGCGCUGCUCUUCUUCCCACCAGAAGUGGUCAGAGCGUUCGUCAUGACCCGCUUUGCCAAGGAGCAGCAGCAGGCGGCGAGCUCGAGUGUCGCUGCUGCGCCUGACGAGUCGGCCCCGGCAGCCAUGGUCAUGCCAAUGGGCUCGCCGCUGCUCGGACUUCUCGCCAAGACCUACUCAUUGCUGGUGCGUGAGCACAAGGCAUCCUAGUCUAUCCCAUCUCAUGUGUGUCUCUGUGUGUGUGGUCUCAGGUGUCCCCUGCGUGUGCGGCCCUUUAUCAACCAGGCAGCAGUGUUCGAGUGGACCCCGGCAGCCACACGGCAUCGUUCCGGUUCGCCCAGCAGCGGGCCCGGCUGGCGGCCGCCAAUGGCAUAGUCGUGACGCUCCAGGCUCUGCUGGGCUUCCGUGAGGAUGAGGCCGUGCCGUCGUCAUCUUCAUCGUCGGACCCGCCACCCGCCCCCAGCAAGGGCAGCGCUGACGAGUUCACGGCAUGGGCGCUGGAGUUCAGCGAGGGGUGUCAGUCGGCUGGGGAGGACGGGGGCAAGUGGCUCAAGCAGGACUUCUCGCGGAUGGGCAUCCAGAAGACCAUCGACGAGUGGAGGGACGGCACCACCAUGUGCGUGGCGUGGCGUGGCGUGGCGUGGCGUGAGAUAGCUGGCUGCAUGUGGUGUGUGGGUGGCUCGAUACAACACAGACGUGGCGUGCGUCCGUCCUUGUGUGUCUGUGCCAGGGAUGGGUCGACGAAGGAGUUCAUCGAGAUCGCUUUCAACCUCCGACAGCCUGACAUGGUGGGCGACCAACAACACGCAGAGCGUCUCUGUCUGACGCCAUUGUUCCUGUCCAUGCAGAGCCCGCGCGCCAGCGACGGUCCCUCCACAGCACGCAGCAAGGUGGACACCACCAUCUCGAAAGAGGAGAUGGACGCCAUCCAGUGAGACGAACUCAGGCCCAACACACAGCGCAGCGCAUGAAUGUGUGUGUGUGUGCGCCUGCCGUCAGAACCAUUCGGGAGAUCGCGGGAGAGGUGGCUGGCGAGGAGGGGUUCGUGCUGCAGCUGGUCAAGAGCUUCGACGCUCAGGUCAACAUGAUCGUCAACCACCUGUUUGAGGGCAGCCUGCCACCCCACCUUGCCGCCCUCGACCGACGCAUGACCCUCCAGGAAGGUCAGUCAGCCGCAACACACCACCCAUCAUGACCGUCUCAUAUUGUGUGUACACGUGCAGGCAUUAAGCUCCUCGAGAAGGGCGGCUCUCGGCCCGUAUCAAGCCCGUCGCAGAGCCCACCACCAGCAGCAGCAGCCGCUGCUGCAGCUGCAUCAGUGCCUCAGGUGGCCCCUCGGCCGCGACGGGCGCGCCCGACAGUCAGGAUGGAGGGCGAUGAAGGAUUGGAGAUGUCAGCGGCUGAGAAGUCCCGGAUACUAGACACUGCGUAACCAUCCAUCCACGACGGCCGCGCCACACGCAUAUCUUUGAAUGUGGGGAUGCCUUGUGUGGUUGUGGCGGCUUCUGCAGGCUCCGUGUGGAUGAGUAUGACGACGAAUAUGACGACACGGACAUGGCAAACUACAACAUCGCGGCAGAGAUCGGAGGUGAGUGCCAUGCGACGCAGCAUGCACCCAUCCACCCACACACCCACUGUGGAUGGGCUCUUUGUCUUCAGACACAGGCGAGUCGGACGAAGAGGACGAAGAAGAGGAGGUCAGACGCUCACGCUCACGCCCACGCUCACACAUUCUCGAUCGGUGUCUGGUGUCUGUCUGUUGCAGGACGAGAAAGGCGAGGGCGCCGGUGCCAUCCGCGACCCGCGAUGGGGCCCUGACAAAAUGAGAGGAGGGAGGCUGCCCAGAGGUAUGCAUGCAUGUCGACCGACCACAACGCUCUGGACUCAUUUAGGCCUUCAUUCUUUCAGGUCGCGGGUUGCCAGUGCAUGGGCAGACCAUCCAGGCGCGUCGAAAGGAGGAGCACAAGGGCCGCAUCGCCAACCACAACCGCAGGCAGGGCGCCUGGAAGAAGGCGCAGAAGGGCAUGCUGGGCGGGUUCUAGUGCCACUGAG